AUGAGCCAAAAGCCCCGACAGUACGAUGUUGCUGUUUUGGGCGCCACUGGCUUCACGGCCGCUUUUGUUGCACAGAUCAUCGCCACAACAUUCCCCAGUGGGACGCGCUGGACGAUUGCAGCAAGGGAUCCUAUAAAAUUGGCCCAGCUCCGGGGCAGGCUAGGUCAACUGAACCCAAAAGGGCCCGUGCCAGGCAUAGAAUUUGCACAAAACACCAAGGUCCUACUAAAUGCAAUCGGUCCUUACACGACUUACGGAGGAUUGAUCCUUGAAGCAUGUGCAUCCACUGGGACGAGCUACCUCGACUUCAGUACUGAAACACCAUGGAUUGAGGAAAUGAUUCUGAAGUACCACGCCCGAGCAAAGACAAAUCGUGCGAUCAUCAUUCCAGCCAUCGGCAACUCAAGCUCUCCGUCGGCGCUGAUCGCAUACCUAUUGGCAUCUCAGUAUCCCAAAUACCACGGGACAGAUGCCCAGGAAAUAGUCAGCGCUUUUGGCAUGAAAAUCAAUGGGAUGAGUGGAGGCUCCCUCGCUUCAGUCACGGCAGUCGUCGCCCGGUAUGGCAUCCGCCAUUUUUGGUCCCCAAACCCUUACAGACUCUGCUCGAAGAUGGACAAAGGGACCUGCCGGGUCAUCAAGCCGUUCUUCGGUUACAGCAAUGACCCAACACUAGGACAUCUUGCGACUUCCUUCGGUGCUCCUGGGAAUGAGGCCAUCGUAUAUCGAAGCACACAGCUUCAAGCUUCAGUAUACAGUCCGCAUAUCACGUAUCAUGAAUUCAUGCCCGUGAGUAGCUCCACACAAGCUUUCAUCAUUCACUUCCUCACCAAACUUGGAAUCCUCCUGCUGGCCAUCUGGCCCUUCCGAGUGCUGGUCAACAAGCUUAAGCCUGAAUCUGGUUCCGGGCCAUGUCCAGAGACUACAAAGGAUGAGAAGCUGGAGAUAAAAGCGGUUGCAAGAGGUAAAGAUGGGAAAGAGCUAAAGGCGGAGUAUGUGUUCAACGAACCCAUGUACUAUCACAGCGCAAUUCUAGGCACUGCAGCUGUUGCUGUGCUCUUAGAUCUGUGGAAGAGUCAGGGUGGUCACACACCAGGUGGGCAGGAUCCUGCACUGGAUGACUUGUACGGUAUCUUGACGCCGAGUUGUCUGGGUAUGCCCUUUGUUGAGAAGCUGAGAGAGGCUGGUGUAACAUUGAAGGUUUUGGAUUGA